AUCAACUCUACUCUUUAUUCUAUGGACAUAACCAAACGAUAGCGUGAAAAAGUGGAGCUUGUGAAUGAAAUUUGUGUUAAAAUUUUGGCGUUCGUACUCUGAUAAAAUAUGUCCUCUACUGAAGAAAGUGACUUGAAGGCGGGGCAUCCGCCAGCAGUAAAGGCUGGUGGAAUGCGAAUUACACAACAUAAAGGUCCAAAGGAGGAUAAAGAAUCGAAACCAUCCAAAGAAAAGGAUUCUGCUGAAGUGGAAACUGGUGGUGCAGGGGCUUUGAAAGUUUCAACUAGCCCACCGAAGACCACGAUGAUCUCGGGAGCCCCGGUGCGUGGCCACGCAGACUUUCCAGCAGAAGCCGUCCAGAGCUUCCACGAGAAGCCGGUGCCCACGCAUGACGCGCGUUCUACCAGCAACACCCGGCCUAACAUCAUCCAGCAGCCCCGCAAGUAGACACCGCAGCAAGCAAGAGGGAGGGAUAGCAAUUGGAACCACAUUUUUUGGAAUUUGUUGCUAUUAUGGGAACAUGUGCAAUUUUGUAUAUUUUUCAAAACUGUGGUCUGUUAUUGCAAAAAAAAAAAAUACCUACAUGUUAUGGUUGAAGUAGGCAAGUGUUUAGUCUUUUUGUGAGACAUAUUGAAUUUGUUUGAUAACUUGUAUACAUCUUUGUUAUUUUUGCUUUUAGUUGUGAUUGAAAAAAAAAAAGAUAUGUUUUUUUAAAUCAACUUGACUGGUGGAGUCAAUAACUUUACUUCUUUAAGUAUGCAUAAAACAGUUGCUUGAGGAAUCGGUUCUUUUGAUAUAAGUAGGUGUUUAAUAUAUUUUUUUUAAUCAUAUUACUGGGCAUUUGUUUUAAAAAAACAUUAUUAGGUAAAUUGGUACCCAAUUGUUUAUUGCAUCAUGAGAAAAUUUCUUUACUAAAUAUUGUCAUCAAUGUGACUUAGAAUAAAUUAAUAACUUUAAUAAUUGAUAAAUAUAUAUAUAGUUUAUGAUAAAUAUUGUUUCACGUGCUCACUUUAUAAGUACAGUAGAACCUCACAUAUCCGACCAUGGCGGGACCGGGCCAUGGUCGGAACGGCCAAAAGGUCGGAUAUCCGUAGGAGCAAAAAAAAACCCUUUCCCAGCUAUACAGUAUGUACAUUAAUACAACUUUAUUUGUAAAAAUGAUGCUGUAUACAUUUCAAACAUUUAUUUUUUGUUAAAUUAUAAAUGAGAAGAUGAAUACAAUGUAAGCAUACCUUAUUUAAAGAAUUCAGUAAUGUAUUUUUAGUUUCAGUUUUGCCUCAUCUUGAUUUUGCGGAAGUGUCUCUCCACUUUUUUUUGCCCACAAUACAUUACGUUACGUUAAAAAAAAGCAUAGGACAGUACAAGAUUAUAGUACGAGCACAUUCUACACCAGCAAUCACGGCUGAACUGACAGUUUGCGACACGGAAACAUGUAGAUGCGUCACAUUUUCAAGUCUGAACAGGCUCGCCAACCACGGAGACUAGGUCGGAUAUCCGGAGGAGUCGGUUGAGGGGUCCUACUGUAAUAGUAAUUACAUUGUUAUGUAGGAUACAUUUAUUUCUGUUUAGGUGUAACUAAAAUAAUUGUUUAAGGGAAAAUUUUUUUUAAUACUUAAUACUUGUAAUUUUGUAACAAUGGUUUAUGGAAAACUUUACAUUUAAAUAGUAUAUUUUUUCUGGUCAGGAAAAAUUGAAAGACUGAGCUUGUUAUUAUAGCUAUAGGUGAAGUACUUCAUUGCAUUUUAUGUCCAGAAGGAAUGUAGGGACCAUUUGUUAAGGGAAAUAAACUCUUAAAACCCAAA